GUCAGUGGCGGCAUCAACAACAAGGGGCAGCAACAGCACAACACGUAAUCGAUGCAAGACUUCAGCGAAAAGAUUCAGCAGGCGCACGAUGAGAAGCUGGGCAGGCAUCUGGUGGCCAACAUGAACAUCGAUGCUGGCGAAACGUUGCUGGAGGAGCGGCCGCUCUUGGUUGCCCCACACUGGGAGUGCGCCCAGCUGAAGUGCGCCCAGUGCAUGGAGGAGUCGUAUGUGAUGUGUCGCAAGUGCCAAGUGUUUCCGCUCUGCAUGGACUGCAGCCAGCACAAUGACUUCGAGUGCGAGUUCUUUGCCAGUGGUGCAGGGAGCAGAAUAUGCAAGGAUCUGCUUGUGAAGAACUAUGGAAUAUGUGCGUUGCUGAAGCUACUCCUGCUGCUCGAGGAUCCAGCAACGCGAGCUGACUGCCAGACACUCUUCGAGCGGUCCGUGAAUCUAGAGGACUAUCGCGAUGGCGAGGGCAUGUGGCAGGAACACGAGGAGCAAGUAGUGGGCCCGCUCCUGGCCAGUGGCUUGGUUGAGGCCUUGCCCACGCAGCAGUUGACAGCGGACGUGCUCCAUGCCCACUGCGUGCGCAUUGAUUGCAACGCCUUCGAAGUGACUGGUCGGGAUGGCGAGACCUUGAAAGGGGUCUUCGUCUGUGGAGCUGGCCUGCCCCACCACUGUGUUCCCAACACGGUUGUGGCCCUGGACGAGCAGUUUAACAUGAAGCUGUACGCAGCCGUACCCCUGAAUGCCGGCGAUGUUAUCUACAACUCCUACACGAAUCCCCUGAUGGGCACCAGUCAGCGACAGCAUCAGCUGCGCCUCAGCCGCCACCUGGACUGCUCCUGCUCUCGCUGCCAGGACGCCACAGAAAUGGGAACUCACAUGAGCAGCAUGAAGUGCCGAGAAUGCUCUGCAGGCUUCUCCAUCUGCGAGAUUGGUCCGGAUGGCAGUGGGAACUGGCGAUGCGUGGACUGCAAUGCGAUCCUGCCAGCUGUCGAUGUCCAUGAGGUGCUGGCCGAGGCGGGGGACGCCCUAGUCGACGCAAAGGGUGAACUUCAAGUCUACGAAUCUCUGUUGGUGCGCUACCAGCAGCUCCUCCACCCCAAUCACUUUCUGCUGCUGGAUAUCAAACAGAAUAUUGCCAGCAUCCUGAGAGCUGCAGCUCUGAUGAACUCCAUGGAGCAGCCCUGCAAAAAACUCCUCGCCCGCCGCGUCGAAUUGUGCUCCGAUCUACUUCCGGUGUGUCGAGCAGUGGUUCCUGGCAUCUCCAAGCUGUACGCCAUUGCACUCUUCGAGUAUCUGCUGGCGCUUGUGGAGCUCAUAGAACUACAGUUUGCCGAGAGCGAUCUGGACAAGAAGGAAUAUGUGGCUCAGUUGAGGAUUGGCAGUCAGGUGGCCAAGGAAGCCCUCGAUUUGCUGCGCUUUGAGCCGGAGAACUCAGCCGAGGGAUAUCUCUCCGACCGGAUCUCCAUGGAACUAGAGCGAAUUGAUUCAGAUUUAAUGAAGUAUGGCGGCCGGUAGUUCGCACCAGCGACUGUGUGUAAAUUUAAAAUAAAAAAAUAAAACAAAAUAGAAUAGAUUA